GAAAAUCGUGCUCGAAAACCGAAAUCCGGGGAACGACCGGCUGGCUGUUCGAAAUUCGUCAUGGGCUUAAGGCACGGCAAAGAAUUCUCCAUCGUUCUGUCGGCUGUCUUGAUGAAAUGUGUCGGCAUCUGGUUUGCGGACAAUCGUUCCGAGCAACGACUCAGGAGCGGCACGCUAAUUUACACCAUAAUCGCCAUUGUUUUCGGCGUGUGGGUGCAGGUGGAGGAUCUCUUCCACUCGUGGGACGACUUUGGCGCCCGAACGUACAUCGCAUGCAACAUUCUAUGCUUGAACAUUGCUUUGUUCAAGAUCUUCGUGAUAUCCCUGCAAAAGAAGAAGUUUCUCGAUUUGGUUGAGUACAUGGAUAGAAAUUUCUGGCACUCGAACUAUGCGCCAUACGAGCAACUGAUCUUCAUUAGUUGGAAACGUACUUGCACUUAUUUCAUCUGUAUCUUCACCGUCUUCACGGAAGCUUCGAUCAUGUGUUACGCGAUCAGGCCGAUUGUGGCAAAUAUUGGGAAAAAUGAUUCGGACAGGAUACUUCCGUUCAACAUGUGGAUCGAUUUACCAUGGACCAUAACGCCGUACUUCGAAAUAACUUUUGUGUUGCAGGUUCUAUCCCUAUAUCACGUGGGCGUGUGUUACAUUUGCUGCGACAAUUUCAUGUGCAUCAUGAAUCUGCACGUAGCUGGUCAGUUUCGUAUAUUACAAAACAGAUUGAAGAACAUGCACAGAUUGGAGAGCGAGAAAGAGAAACAUGAAAAUUGGAAGAAUUGUUCGUUGAAGUCGGGGGAGAAAGAUUACUACACGUUCAAAAGCUACGUACAACAACACCAAGCACUCAUUGCUUACUGUGCUGGGCUUGAACAAAUCUUCAGCCCGAUCGUGCUCGCACAAGUGCUGACUUUCAGCAUGCUGAUCUGUUUCGUGGGAUACCAGGCAAUUUUGGUCAACGUGGCUUUUACGAGGCGUAUCAUAUUUGUGAACCUCUUGACGUCCAGUAUGUGUCAGCUGUUGAUGUUCACGUACAGUUGCGAUUGCUUGAUACGAGAAAGUGCAGCAAUAUCUCCAGCGGCGUGUGCAGUGCCAUGGACAAAGUUCCCUAUGGAUCAAUUUGGGAAAUUGUUUCGAAAGGAUUUGCAGCUAGUUCUGAUGAGAGCGAGGCGACCUUGUUGUUUGACAGCCAACAAAUUCUUUGCCGUUUCACUGGAAACAUAUACCAGCGUACUGAGUACUGCGAUGUCAUACUUCACUUUACUGAAACAGAAUUCUUCUCGCAUAUCCGAUUCGUAAUAUUUCUUAUAUGAAUGACAACGGACGUGUACAACUUUUUACCUCAGUACAUUUUAUUAUUGUAUAUUUUAUCUAAAUCAACAUUUACAUAUUGUACCCCCUUUCUUGAAUAAAUAAAUUAUUUGUGAAAUUCAUAA